GUUGCUCAUAGCGCGAACGUUCCCUGUGUAAAGUAGUUUCCUCACGAUUUUAUCGACGUGUGAAGACUAAUUUCCUCGAAAUUAUCGAAGAACCUUUGGUGAUUAAUUAGAGUGCCAAGGUUUGUGGACACAACAGUUACUGCUGAAUCAGUUGGUCAAGCUUUUUCUCUUUGGUCUCUACGCGCAGAAUUGGUGUCCGUCCUGUCUGCCUGCGUGACUGGUAGCUUGCAGCAGUACAGCAGCAGAGAGAACACAUCAGAAGCGAUUCGUGACGAUGAGAUCUCUGUCAGAAAGUGCCUUUCAGAUGCCAGUUCUAAGCACACGCUGCGUGCCGGCCCAUGUUUGCAUCUAACGCCAGCACUCCUUUUCCAGACCUCGGCUCAGACAGCGACUCCUUCAGUGGCAAAUCUCUGGCUUUCCUGUCUGAUUCCAUCGCUGAAGGAACUCGAGCAGAAAGAUUUACUGUGGAAGAAGGGGAAAUAGCCGAUGUGGAAAAAGCUGACACAUUGAAAAACACAGAACUUACAACGGUGUGGUAGCUCUACAGAGGUCUCUGUAAAGGGCACCUCGUUGACUACAGUGGACGGAUCCAUCCAGACUUUAUACUCUGUUGACUGUCAAUCCAGGAGACUGCUACUUUAUCUAAUCAAAUUGCUACCAAUGAUUUGAGGUCUCACGUUGUCAAAACUAUUUCCCAGACUCCUCAUUGGUGCCAUCGUUAAGUGUGCUUACGGAUUCAUCUCAAGAGGCUAGUGCUUAAGUCAGACCUCUCUACCGGUAUGGCUUUCAACCUGUCUUCAAUACGUGACACAAAAUGGCUGACUCUGGAAGUGUGUCGGCAGUUUCAGAGAGGGACGUGUUCACGUAGUGAUGAGGAAUGCAAAUUUGCACACCCACCAAAGAGCUGCCAGGUGGAAAAUGGAAGAGUUAUUGCCUGCUUCGACUCACUGAAGGGGCGCUGCUCACGUGAGAACUGCAAGUACCUUCACCCGCCAUCACACCUGAAGACGCAGCUGGAGAUCAACGGACGCAACAACCUGAUCCAGCAGAAGACGGCGGCCGCCGUGCUGGCCCAGCAGAUGCAGUUCAUGAUCCCCGGCUCCAGCAUGCCCCAAGUCCCCUCGUUCCCUAUGAACCAGGGUCUGGGGACCAGCCCUGUCAUCAGCUACUCCCCCUACAUCACGCCCAUGACUCAUGGGAUGGGGCUGGUUUCCACGGAGAUGCUCCCCAGCACCCAAGUCAUUAUGCCUGGCAGCCCUCCCGUCACAGUCCAGAGCGUCUCCUCAUCCUCUCCUACCCAGAAGGCUUUGCGCGCCGACAAACUAGAGGUGUGUCGCGAAUUCCAGCGUGGCAACUGCGCGCGCGGCGAAACGGACUGCCGCUUCGCCCACCCCAGCGACAGCCCCACCAUCGACACGAGCGACAACACGGUCACCGUGUGCAUGGACUACGUCAAGAGCCGCUGCUCCCGCGACAAGUGCAAGUACUUCCACCCGCCCGCACACCUGCUGGCCAAGAUCAAGGCCUCCCAGCAGCAGGUCACCCAGACCCAGGCGGCGGCGGCCGCGGCUGCUGCUGCUGCAGCCAUGACUCAGUCGACUGCCAAAGCAGUGAAGCGACCCCUCGAGGCAACUGUAGAUCUGGCUUUCCCCCACAGUGUCUUGCAGCCCCUACCAAAGAGACCAGCACUUGAGAAGAGUAACGGGGCCAGCGCUCUGUUCAACCCCAGUUUUUUGCACUACCAGCAGGCUUUGGCCAAUGCGCAGAUGCAGCAGUCUGCCUUCUACCCCACCGGGCCAGUCUUGUGCAUGACUCCUGCUACCAGCAUUGUACCCAUGAUGUACAGUGCUACGCCUGCUACUGUCUCUGCAGCAACAACUCCUGCCACAAGUGUCCCCUACGCAGCAACAGCACCAGCCAAUCAGCUUCCCGCCUGCUUUCCCCCACGUGCAACACUGCGCUUGAACUCCUGUUAUCUCCAUGAGACUCCGUUCUCAAACUAGGGGCCUCAGUGAUUGCCAGGUGUACUGAUCUACUAAUAGAGGGAUAUUAGGUACAUUUUUAUGACCUGUUUGUAUUCAUUUCCUAUUUGUUUUCUUAUAAUGACUAGUCCUAUUACCAAAGCAGGUUAGGCACCAUGAUUGACUUUAUUCACCAUUCUGCAUUAACUGAUUUCGUACAGUCUCAGUGAAAGUGUGACAUUUUUAUUUUAUCAUUUUAUACUUCCUCUAUCAAUUGAGUGUUUUAUAUCAUAUGUCUAACUCUUCAGAGGAUCAGAAUAUAUUGUACAGUAUCACUUCAUACCAACUUACCCUUGGCUGAAACAGCAUCCGGUGUGCUUCAGUACACAUUCCAAAAACAAUAUAGCCUAUCAGAUCUCUAUGUUGCUGGAGCGAUACGUCUGAGUCAUUGCUGUAAAUUCUUAUUCGUGUUGUAGCAUGGGGAAAACAGAAAACUAAGUCAAUUACCUUUUAGUGGUUAGGCCCAUAUCUAUAAGUAACCUACCUCUCAUCCUCUUUGCUUCCCUGAAACAGAUAAUCUUGAAAUAGCUAAUCAACAUGGAAUGGAGUGUCAUCAUGCAGCACUUAGAGGUCCAAGACAGCUCCUCUGUAAAUAUAACCUAUUCUUCACACAAGAUCUGCAGCAACCUGCAUGCUAAGACAAGAAUUAAGAAGCACUCACCUUUUUCCUUACAGUAAUGCCGACUUCAAAUGUUAACUAUACCAAUAAGAGUAACGUAAUACUAGAAUGAAUACUAGUAUCAUACUAGUACAUGUAUUUGACACAAUCAGAAUAUUGUAUGUACAUACACAAAACUUGUGAAUGUGGAGACUUUAUUGAAAUGUGUAACCUUGAGUUUUAUUUUUGUUCCAUAUUUGUUUUUAAGACAUUAUGUACCAAGGAAACAACUUAAUUUGCACUUUCGGGAAAGACAUGUCUUAUGUUUUAUGCAGUACCCCCAUGUACUGUGUAAGAAUUAUAGAGAGAAGAACUCGGUGUAAUGAUCCAGAAUUCAACCGGUCAUGGUUACUGGACUGUAUGGCUUUGCAUCUGGCCGAACUCGUAUCCAUAAAACCACAAAUGUUUCAGAAGACAGUUUAAUAUCUCCACAUAGGAGUAUGAUCAUGCACCAGUGCUCCAAGACCUAAUAAGUUUUAUUCUUUGUUUGUUUCUCUUAAUUAAAUCAUAAUAAUAAUAAUAAUAAUAAUAAUAAUAAUAACAAUAAUAAUAAUAAUAGGGUGGAGCACAGUGCCCCCUUGUGGAGGAAAAACUGUCUUGCCUCUAGUACUUAUUGAUUUAUUCAUCAUUGCCAUACAAACUCAUGCAAAUAUUAAUGACAUGAAUGCUUGCAAAUGUUGUGGUUAUCAGAUCCAGCAAAUUCUAAUUUGUUUCAACAUUUUUUUUUUCAACAAGUUUGUUUAGAGUUUGAAUAAGCCUAUUGUGCAUCAUUGUCAAAUCCUUUUGAGCACCAUCAUAGUGGCAUAUAUCCACAUCCCCAUAAAGUGCCAUUUGGACAUAAAAUUUAGACAUUUAGAUUAUGUGGCUGAAAAGUAUGGGUGUCUGCAGGCAGACAGAAAUGGCCAAGGUGAAAUAAUAUAUUGGCCAAAAGAAGGCUAAUAGCAGAGCUGAAUUAUACAGACAUCCAUAAGUUUCAGAUGGGUCUGUUCUAAAGUUGUCAUAGACAACCAUUGUCAAUGAAUGAGUGGUCUGUUUGAGUACCUGUAGAAGUGCCUGAAGUUCUUAAUCUACAGAAAAAGCAUUUUAAGAUGAUUUUUGUUCAUAGCACAAUUGACAGUUUUAAUGCGAUGUGUCAAUAUUAUUUGAUAUGGAAGGUGGGAAACAUUUUGUUUUAAGUUUUUUUGUUUGUUUGUUUAAGAUUGAAAUGAUAAACCCUUUAGCUGCAUUUAGAAAUGUAAUUGUGUUGGUAUAGGUCAAAAUGUCACAAGGUCAAGUAUGACGUGAUGUUGAGUUAGUUUAAAUGUUGAUGUAAUUACUCUUUCAAUUGUUUCCAGUUUCAAGUGCG